AUUAGCUAUCAACUGUUGUAUUAGCAAUUAGUAUCGUAGGGAUUGCGCGACUGUCCACAAUCGUUAUUGAGGAAUUUCACUGCAUGCACAUUUCGAAUACGUUCGUGAUUGCUUACAAAAUAGCUUCAACUUUCUUCAUAGGAGCGACAACGUUUUCUUGUUAUUUGUGCUUUUUUUUUGUUUCCUUGCCUUGACGCUCCUAUAUAAAGAUAACACCAAUUUGUUUUCUUUCCCUUCUCGAUUGACUUUCUCGAAUUUUCUCUCUUGACAUUCUGGACAAACAAGAAAAUUCGACUAGAAAUUUAGUGAAAUCGAACAGUGAGGAUACUAAUAUAAUGUAAUUCAGUGAUUCAGUUGUCAUUCGUUGCACGUGAAGUUUUCGCGUCGGUUGUUCGUUUCGUGGUGCUGGACACAACAGAUCCAAAAAUGGGACACACAUUUUUUGUAACGGUUCUUUUCUUAUCGGUUGUCCUGGCGUUGAUCGCCGACGCCUCUGCUUCCCCUGACAAACGUCCAUUUCUCACCUGGAUUCGUCCUAAACGUGAAAAGCUUCAGACCAAUUUGCCAAUCAAAACUGAAGAAGGAUUGGAAAAUUCAGCUCCAAUCGGUGGUGGGUUUUCGUCGAUUGAUGUUAACGAUCCUGCGGUUAAGGAGAUUGCCACUUUCGCCACUUCUACCAUAGCAUCCAAGAAAAGUAAAUCUGGUCCCACUAAACUUAUCAAAAUAGUCAAGGCGGAGUCGGAAAAUGUUGCUGGCAUCAACUACAAAUUGACUCUGGAACUCAACCAACCUCUCGCUAUCGAUAGUUCGAUUAUUUGUGAUGUUAUUGUCUUCGACCAGACCUGGACGUCCACGCGAAUUUUAAGCGAGUCGCAUUGCUUCCCCAAUAAAAACCCAUCAGUCCCUCAGGACGACGACCUGGGACUGAGUGGUUCAGCCCCAAUCAACAAUAGUGCAACCUUAAGUAAACGACACAUUCCAAGCGUAUCUCGUCCUAUCGGAGGAGGCUUUUAUCCAACUGAGGUCGAAAAUCCGGAAGUGAAGGAAAUGGCAAUCUUUGCUAGUAAGGUCCUUGAAUCCAAGAGGAAUUCGGGACCCACUAAAGUUACCAAAAUUGUUACAGCAGAGUCUCAGGCCGUUGCCGGUACCAACUACAAAUUGACUCUGGAAAUCAGCCAGCCCAUCGCCGUUGUCGAGACCGAAAGAUUCUUACUCUGCAAGGUGGUUGUUUUUAACCAGCCGUGGACCAAAACGAGGAUCCUGGCCGAGUGGAAUUGUACGCAGAAUAAAAAUCCGUCUGCCGUUAUCGAUAAAGCUAUUCGUGGUUCGACAGCAGGUACCAAGGGCUUCUUGUCGUUUAAAGAUUCUUUGCAUGUACUGGCGAUUCCAAGCGCUGCAAAACCGAUUGACGGAGGGCUUCCCCUCACAAAUGAAGAAGACAUAUCACCGCCCAACAAACGCCACAUUCCUAGUGGUGGAUUUUCAAAAGGAAAUGUGGAAGAAGAAGAAGAUUCAUUCAAAAAAAUUCCCGAGCGUAUGAUUGGCGGUGGAUUCACUAGGGUAAAGGCGGAAGACACUUCGCUCAACCGAACUCAUCUUCCCGGCGGACUGAAUCCCUUUGACGAAGAGUUUAGUCUGAUCGACGUGAGCGAAACUUCCCCCAAUAAAAGCGAAAUUCUUCUCGUUCCAAGUCACGUCGAAGACGGAUACUCUCCGGUUGAUGUCGACAAUUCUUACGUCAAAGAAAUCGCUGCCUAUGCCACAACCGCCAUUUCGUCUAGUAGAAAUUCGAUAACUCUUUCGUUGCAAAGAAUUCUCAGUGCCGAAGCGAGGGUUUUUGGUGGUACAAACUACAAACUUACGCUUGAGCUAGACCAUUUCAUUGCCGGAGCCAAAGCAGAAAAUCUCCUAUGCAAAAUUAUUGUUUUUGAUCAGAAAGAGGACUACCGCAAGAUGACAGAUUCCCUUUGUUUGCCCAUUAGAAAUGCAACAGUCAGGACGAUUGACGAGGUUAUUCUUGAAUCCUCUUUACCACCCUUGAGCGGAUUUUCUCCCGCCGAUGUUCAAGCCGACGACGUCAGAGAAAUGGCUUAUUUCGCAACUCACGUGAUAUCAAACACCCGCAAUCCUGUCGCAUUGGCCGAAAUAGUGAAAGCUGAGUCACAAGCUCAUGCCGCCGGUAGAAACUACAAACUGACUCUCAAACUAGACAGUAUGGUCAAAGAAACUACGGCAGGAAUUCCAACUUUUCAAUCCGGCGAUCUCUUGUGCGAAAUAAUUGUUUUUUUCCAGACUUGGUCGAAUACGAGAAUAUUAAGCGAAUCAAACUGUUUGCCAAUCAAAACUAUCAGAGUAGCUGGUCCACGUUAUGUUCCUCGCUACACACCUAUCCUUCGCGGUGUAAACAGCAGCGAUGGAUUCGCUUCCCUCGAUGUGGAAGACGUUAAAGUCAAAGAAAUUGCGGCCUUUGCUAGUAACUCCAUCUCGGCGAAUUCCGGACCUGUAACGCUACUCAGAAUUCUCAAGGCGGAAGCCCAAACAGUGGCUGGUAAAAACUACAAACUGAUUAUCGAACUCAUUGGAACCGAAAGGGACAUACAAAUUUGCGAUGUUGUAGUCUUUGAUCAGGAGAGAAGUCAAACGCGCAUAUUAAUUGAUUCAAAAUGUAAUACGGAUAAAACAACAUCCAGCAAGAUUCCUGAAGUGAUUACUGAAGCCCCUGUCGUCAGCACCACCGUCCCUCCACCUGAAGUUGAACUAAAAAAUAACACCGAUGCCAUUCCCAAUAAACGUCAGGUCCCUGUUAGUUCAGUAGGUCUGAACUCAAACGGAUUUUCUCCAGUCGAUGUUAACAACCCCGAAGUCAAAGAAAUGGCAAAUUUUGCCACCAGCAGUAUUUCUGCAAGCGACAAUCCUUUCAUCCUGAAAUUAAUCAAAGUCGUGGAUGCCGAGGCCAAAUUUCUUUUCGGGAAAAAUUUCAAAUUGAUUUUGAGAGUGAAGAACAUGGUAAAAGGGGCUGACGGAGACCGCGAAAUGCUAUGCGAAGUUGUGGUUUUCGACCAAUCUUGGACAAGCACAAGGAAGGUUACGGAAUCUACUUGUUUUGGGACACGAAAAAACUAAGUAAUCAUUCCGUGGAUAAGCGAAGCCAAGACAUUCCAGACAUCAAGUUGAUUGCGCUAUUAUUUCUUUAUGCGUUCUAUGUUUCUGCCCCAUUUUGACGAUGUUUCAUGCUAAUAGUGUUAUAUUCAUUCUGUUAACCCAGUUAUUCGUUCAAAGAGUAAAUAUUUUACCUUCUCCAAUUGUAUCAGGAUACAAUAAUACAGGCAAAGUUGAUAUUGAUCAAGUGUAUACGGAAAUUAUUUUAAAGCGAUUGAACUAAUUGAAUAAUCAUACCAAACAAUUUUAAAGAAAGUUAUACCGGUAGUCUUCUUAUUAAUUUUGCUGAUUCAUUUCCUUUACUAACUGUUUGGUGUGAUUCAGUUAUUUGAUUCGAAUCACGCGUGAAAUAGCAAAUGAUGUGGUCAGCAUAUCGUAUUGCAAAAUUUUGAAUGAAAUUCAAAACGAACGUGCGCAAACGUGCGAUGAAGUUUAAUAAUUGAACCGGAAAAUUGCGUCAUACUGCGUUGUGUUUUCUUUUGACUCAUCAAAUUUCCUCAUGAGGAAAAAGUAGAAUAGCAUGCUUGAUGAAUUUUGAUGUAGACAAAUAAAUACGUCAACUGCUUGUGUGCUCCGGUUUUUUCAGCUCGUCUCGCCCUAUAAAAGCCAAUCAUGUCCAUCCCUUUAUAAGCAUUCUCCAGUCACAGUCUCUUCGUGACAGUGGCAGUCGGUAAAUUCACGCAGCCUCUUUCUAACGCUAAACAAUGGCCGCUCAUCUUCACCUGUCAACAAGGACUCUUUUUCUGCUAGUCGUAGUAGCGUUGACUAUUGACAGCACAACUUCAGCUUCGCUCAACAAACCCAACGCAACAGAGCCAGUCGCCGAUAACUCCUCUUCCAUCAGCGCCUCCGAAGCGCAGCAUUUUGCCAAUUUCGCUGCACAUCAAAUCUCCUCUUCCAACAACUCUACUUUACCCACGAAGCCUGGUGAGAACGGCACAUUGAUCAAGAUUGUCCAAUCCGAGUCUAAAGUACAUGGAGAAAACGGAACCGCCAUGAAUUUUAAAAUGACGCUGAAACUCGACGGAGAAGACAACGAAGACGACCUCCUUUGCGAGGUGAUUGUAAUGAGCAGAUCUGAUCUGGUGACUAAGGACGAACUAACGUUGACUGAUUACACUUGUCUCCCGAUCAACAACGGAUCUGCCGAAGCGAUGGCCGAAGUCGCUCCAUUACCGCUCUUUAUCCCGUUCUUUCCCAUUUCUGUCAAUGACACAAAAGUACAGGAAAUCGCCGACUUUGCCAGUAAGGCUGUCGCUUACACAAGGAACUCGUUCAACAACCUCACCCGAAUAGAAAAUGCCGAGACCCAAGUGUACGCGACCGGCAUCAACUACAAACUGAAACUGAAGCUGAAAGGAGCCGAUGGAGAGGAAAUGCUCUGCGAAGUGAUUGUCUCGGACCCAACUAAAAAGGACGCUGUCGUGACCCGCGAACUUUCACAGUACAAUUGCCUCUUGAAUAGCACGUCGUCAGCCGAGUUCGAAGAAGACAUUCCUGACGAAUCAGUCUUGUCUACGUGGUUCUUUGAAUGAAUAUUUUUUGCUGUGUUUAUUCGUUUGACUAGCUAGAUGUGUUGUAUUUAUAGCCGCAUCACAUUUUUUCCAUUAACCGGAUGUGGUUAGCUUUCUAUCCUUAUACCUUACUGUAAUUACUGACCUCACUUCAAGAUGGAUCAGUCGUUUAAGAAAUACAGCGUUUUUUCUCGAUUA